AGCGGAGAGAAUAACAGCUCUCCUCCCCUCUAAUCCCUGAUUCUUUCUAACAGAGUACAAGGGUCUAUUCUGAUAGACUCAGCUGGAACUGAACAUCUGACCAGAGCAUCCUAUCUACAGAUCUUUAGCAAACCUUAGGAAAGACUAGUUCAUUACUGUGGUGAUAGCCUGGCACAUAGGAGCAGCUUGUCGCUCUCCGGACUUCAGAUUGGCUUUUAUUGUAGCUAAUAUGCCAAGUGCCAAGCUGGCUGCAUUUUCUCCAGUUGAAUUCACCGUGUCCACUAUAGAUAAAAUGGGUCGCAAGGAGGAGGAAGAUGGCUGUAUUUGGAAGAAACAAACAAACAACAUACGUGACACCUUCGUGUUCAUGGAAGUGCUAGGAUCUGGUGCCUUUUCUGAGGUUUUCCUAGUACAGCACAGAUCCACGGGACAGCACUUUGCUCUAAAAUGUAUAAAGAAAGUAAACAGUGCACGAGACCGAAGCUUGGAGAAUGAAAUAGCAGUUUUAAAAAAGAUUAAGCAUGAUAAUAUUGUGACACUUGAGGAUGUCUACGAGAGCUCUUCACACUUCUACCUUGUCAUGCAGCUGGUAUCCGGAGGAGAGCUCUUUGAUCGUAUAUUGGAACGUGGGCUAUACACAGAGAAAGAUGCUAGCCAUGUUAUACGCCAGGUUCUAUCUGCUGUCAGAUAUCUUCAUGACAAUGGAGUCGUUCACAGAGAUUUAAAGCCGGAAAACCUCCUUUACCUCACCGCUGAUGAAAACUCCAAGAUUAUGAUAACAGAUUUUGGUCUUUCCAAAAUGGAAGAAACUGGGAUUAUGUCCACAGCCUGUGGCACUCCAGGAUAUGUUGCUCCAGAAGUCCUUGCACAAAAGCCAUAUAGUAAAGCAGUGGAUUGCUGGUCUAUUGGAGUUAUAACAUACAUUUUGUUAUGUGGCUACCCUCCUUUCUAUGAAGAAACUGAAUCCAAGCUCUUUGAGAAAAUCAAGGAUGGCUCUUAUGAAUUUGAAUCACCAUUUUGGGAUGACAUUUCUAAAUCUGCAAAAGAUUUCAUAAGUUGUCUCUUAGAGAAGGAUCCCAAGAAACGUUAUAAUUGUGAGCAUGCCCUUAAGCAUCCAUGGAUUGCUGGGAACACUGCCCUCCAUCGAGAUAUUUACCGUUCCGUGAGCAUCCAGAUUAAAAAGAACUUUGCUAAAAGCAAAUGGAGACAAGCAUUUAAUGCAGCAACAGUUGUUUAUCACAUGAAAAAAAUUGGAAGCUCAAGCGAAACCUAUGAGAAAGGAAAGCCAAUCAACUGCUCAGAACAUGGUCUAAUGAAGAAAGGUCACAAGAAACAGUAAGUUAUGAACGGCAUCACAACUACAGCGAAAACUACAAAUUAUACACACUGUGGCAGUGGACAGACAGGAGUAUGCUCAGUCAUGUGACAGCACUACCAUAGUCGGAUUGGCACUAUGUUUCAUUAAGGGCUGCGCAGUUACCUGUGUAUUAAAGCCACAUACUGGUCUUGCAUUGGAGUAAAGCCAAGAGAAGAUCCCUUUCAUGUUCUCUUUGGGAGCAUUCACUGAACACCGUGGGCAUUUUUCUGAAGGAUAUGGCAAUGACUUUUGGCAUUCAAAGACUGAUAGCUCAAUGAGGAGACAUCAUCAGAUCUACUGCAUAUAAUUCGAUGACUUAGGAUCAUCUCCAAUCAUGGAAAUUGCAGGGGGGAUUUACCUAUGUGUAUAAUCAAUAUUCCUCCUUGUAAAACAUAUUUACAACUGUACAUCUUACUGGCAUCACUGCCUUGUAAAUAAUGUGUAUGAAGGUGUGAGAAAAUGUUUUUGUUAAACUUUAGUGUUUUCAAUGCAUAUUGAUCUACAGUGACCAUCACAAGCCUUUCUUUAGUUACGAUUGCAAUGGACUGUGCAGAGCUUUUACACAUAUACGCUGUA